AUGCAGGUGCGACGUGUAUUGUAUUUUCUGGCUCUAAUGAUGAGUGUUGCCUCUGUUUGCAUGGCGGCUGCUGAGGCUGGAAAGCCCGGGAGUUCUUCUUCUGCAUCUUCUAACUCUGUUGAUAAAUGUCUUCCUCCUCCUGAAAAUGAUGCUGAUAAUAUUCGUGAAACUCCUCGUGAUAUUACUAAAUAUUAUGAUGAACAGCGUCGUUCUAAUGCUUCUGCUGGUAGUGAUGGUAAUGAUGUCUCUGUUAAUCCUCCUCCUCCUCCUCCUUCACCUGUUGCUGAACCUCCUGCUUCUCCUCCUAUUGCUGCUGGUGGUGUUGGGGAAGGGAGUAAUGGUUCGUCUCCAUCUGAAGGUCCAACUGGAGCCAACGUCAACAAUCCAGCAGGUGAAGGUGCAGUCAACGCGGAGAGUACAGCAACAGCACAACCCACUUCUCCUUCUCCCGAAUCUUCAGACACAGAGACUGCCAAUGGUUCUGGCACUGCAAACGAUGGGGGUAGCAGUACACCUGCAGGGAGUGAGUCAUCCAAUAACCCAACUGAUGAGGAAUCAACAAUUACUACUACGACCACCAAUACUACCAAUACAAUUCCUAUUGUCCCUGUAAUAAGCAAUAACACCAUAAUGCCAAAUGUGAAGGGUGAUGCAGACAGCAGCAGCAGUAUCAGCAGUUCUGUGUGGGUGCGUGUGCCACUACUGAUUGUGGUUACACUGGCCUGUAUUCUUGUGUGCUGA